AUGCCGGCAAACCCAAAGACAGACCCUCGUUACUUUGUCCUGAUCAAACCUUUGCCCAUCCGCACCCAGAAAGGUUUAAGGGUCCAGGCUCGAAGCAGCAAUGUCUACAAUUGCUGGGAGAAAACAAGAGAGCAAGUUUUCCUGGAGAACUAUCACCGGAGGAUCAAACAGCUUACGCAACAAGGGUACUUUACCCCCAGCUGGAGACCGUAUCAAGAUUUUGGAGAGCCUCUUUUCCUUGAACCGAAGAGACUCACCCUCCAUGGCUUGGGACAACUGGCCCCAGAGCUCCUCAGAGAUGAUGUCUGCUCUGCCCUGGAAGAAGUAGUGGAACACGAGGAGCCGUUGAGUGCCAAGACGAUUCCAGCAAAGGAGCCUGAGAAGAAACCUGUACAUUUUAGGUACUUAGAAAAGGAUCUGAGAAACCUCCAUAAAGACCUUGUACACACAAGGCAUUUAAUACACUCUGUGAAGAUGGGGCGAGGGUAUUUCCACAUGCUUCACAGAGAAACACUGGAGAGAAAGAACAUGCUUAUGUUGGAACAGCAGAAAGAAGACGAGAGGCGGAAAACUGAAUUCCGAGCCCCCAAAAAUUUAUCAUCGUCGUCAUCUGAAGAAGACACAUCUGAUGAAGAAGUAAAUGAUUUCUUCUUAACAGAAUGUCCCCCUCUGAAGGUGUCAAAGAAGAAGAAGAAAGUUAUCCGACCUUUCACUCCCGUCCACAACGGUCUGCAAGCACUGAAGCAUCCGGAAGCACACUUUGAGUCCCUAUUUCGGCAGCUCUGUGCUCUCCACUGGUUCUUGGAAGCCUUGACUCUUGACCCCAAUACCACCAUGAAGCCUCUGAUCACCUGCUGGAAUCCAAAAGACUAUGGGGGAAGCAGAAAUUCUGUCAAGGUGAUCAAUAAAGAAAAGAAUGUCAAGGCCCGAUGGGAGCACUUCCUCAUCCACACAAAGGGUAGAAGAUUCACCCAGAAAACGAGCCGUGGGAUGAGCUGCAGGAGGCUGCCCAAAAAGGCUUCCAUCAUGAGCUUCUCCAAACUGAGUGGGCUGUCCUCCCCACACAGCAAAACCACUCUGGGCAGCACCAGCUCCCUGACGCCCGGCUCCGAAGAGGUGGUCCCGCAUUCUUCCGACGGCGCCAAGGAAGCCGAAGAGAUGGAGUCCUGCUACAGCAAGGCAGCCAAGGAAACGAAGGAAGAGGAAGAGCCUAUGAGUUACUAUCUGCAGACGUUACUUCAGAUGAUCCAUGAGGACGUGGCAAAGAAUUUUAGUAAAGAAUAUUUGCUCGCACACCCCAAACCACCCUACAUGCUGAGAUCUGAGCCAGAUAGCGACAUCUCGAUUGGGCAAAGAGCUAAAAGCUCACAUUCGUCUUCAAAGGACGAGAGAAACAGCUCAGGCGUAAUGAGAGAAGAAACCCCGGUGGAGCAAAAGCCAAAGAGCUCACUGGCAGUGAGGCUGAGAGAAGAUAAAACUACGACAACAACGUAUGACGAUGAAGACAGCUCAGAACACUCUUUCAUUCGGCGAAAAGAGAACCUGUGCAAUGAGAUGAGGGAGCUGUUUAGUGACGUGACCCAGGAAGCUGCUUUCAGGCUGCACGACCAGCUGGACAUCUUAGAGAAGAGGCGAGAAGAGAAGAGCAUACAGAAAUAUCGAAGUCUGAACCACAUCACAAAGCUCCGGAAAGACCUCGAGAGGAUGAGGCAGGCGAUUCUGGGGCAUGAACCAAAACAGGCCGCAGAGGAGGAGAACUGGUUUGCUACCCUUCUGGACAAGAUCCCCAGUGAGGUCAGGGCAGACCGCCGGACCCAAAAAGUCCUGAAGAAGCUCGAAAAGUUUGCCAGCAAUCCAGACUUACGGAUCCGACCCCCCACCUUCUUGAAAGUCUUGGGGGAACUUCGUGUUUGGGAAAUCUGUUCUCCAGACGUCAGUGCAGCUAUACAGUUUUUGCGGGAAAAUAUUGUGGGGAUGCCUGAGGAGGAUUACAGACAUUGGCUGCAGAGUCGAGUUCCAAUCCAAAAACGCGCACGCAGCGCCCCACCGCUAUGA